AGUCGAAAGUGAAAGUACAGAAAUUGAAGCCAUUUUGAUGAAUGUCGUGUAAACCAUUUUGCGCAGUGCUCUGCUGUCACUCCGUGCCGUUUUCACAGAAAUCUGAGCGCAAUUAAGUGCAGUAAAUAUUGACCUAUUUGGACCGACAAACGAGACAGAACAACAAACGUGAUGCAGCGAACUGUCGACCAUCUUCAGAUUUUGCUGAUCGGUAAAACCGGUUCAGGAGUGAGCGCUUCUGGAAACACUAUCCUGAGUGAAAAUGUGUUUCAGUCCGGGCGGAGCCUGAUGUCCAUCACUGACAGAUGCCAAAAACACACGGCUGAAGUGUCAAACAAAAGAGUUACAGUAAUUGAUACUCCAACUUUCUUCAAUACAAGAAAAACUGAUCUGACUGCAGAGUUGAAGAGAGGACUGAACUUGUGCUCUACAGGAAUCCACGCGAUCCUUCUGGUUUUCCCUUUACACACUUUCACUCAGCAAGAUGCAGAUACCAUGUUGUUAUUCAAGCAGAUGUUUGGUGAAGACGCCAUGAAACACACUUUAGUCCUGUUCACACAUGGAGAUGAACUUCAAAACAAAUCAAUCAAUCAACUCAUUAGACAUAAUGCAGAGCUGUCCAAACUAACAGAGGAGUGUGGAGGGAGAUUUCACUUACUGAACAACAAAGAUCUGAACGACAGAGAGCAAGUCACCAAACUCCUGAUGAAGAUCCAACAAAUGGUGUCUGACAAUGAGAACAGCUGCUACACUUUACAAAUGUUUGGGACUCAAUCACUCAAAGUAUUUCUACAGAGAUUUACAAAGCCAAAAUAUCUGUGUGCAGUCAGUGUUGUCAUUGUGUUUGCACUGGGUUUUGUUAAUAUGAGGAACGAAGGUUCAUUUGAUGUUAAAACAUUUCUGUAUGGUUGUGCUGGUGGUGUGUUAGCAGCAGUGACAGGAGCUGCUUCAGGAGCCAUUUGCAAACUUCUAUGCAAUAAUCACAGUUGGAUGACCCGGAGAUUCACUGUAGAUCAUCAGAAAUAUGUCAAACUAUUGGAAAUCAUGAGUAGUUGUGCUGCCGGCAUGAUCACUGGGUAUUUUGUAGGUCCAGGAUGUUUAUCAGCUACAUUACUGAGAGGAACACUGGGGGUUGUUGGAGAUAUACUAUUAUUUAGGUUGUGCAGUAAAACAUUCUAAUGAUCUGGAAAUGUUUGAUUAAAAAAAAAAAACCCUGACUAAAUACUGCAGUGAGAAAGAUACAGGCUUGCUUGGGUUUAGUCAGCCAGUUUCAAAAGUAUACAGUAUUAUGAAUUAAGCAGAUUUAACAAUUUUAUUAUUUUAUAUUCUGAAAUAAAGACACUUUAAAGAACACAUUAAGUUGGAACUAUAAACCAUUAUAAAUCAUUAAGUUUAGUUAUUUGAACUUAAAACUUUCUAUUUAACCAUGCACUUAAGUGGAACUUUGAUACAUCUUCAUUUGCUUUCAUAGUUUCUAUUGUCUUUAAAAUAUGGUUUAUUUGGAAUUUGAAUUAUCUUUCCAACCCUACUGACAAGCAAUUAACAUGAACUAAAAUAGGACUAUCAUUUAAUGUUGGUUAUUUGCAUUAAUUAUAUAUUUGUAAUCACACAUCUUAUUUAAAAAUAAGUUUGCAGUUCAGUUUAACAAUAUAUUGAAGGAUAUUUUGUUAAACAUAUAUUUUGUUAAUAGCCUAUAGUUGCCUGAUUAAAAUGUAAAUGUAUUUUAAGUGAAUUUAAAUGCAUGAAUAAUAAAUAAUGCAUGAAUUAAUGAAUAAUAGAGAUAGAUAAAAUAUUCUUAGAGUGACAAAAUAUAAAAAUAUAAAAAGUGAAGUACAGGUUAAAGUUAAGAACAAUGUAUACAUAAAACGGGGAAAAAAAGGAUCACAAAAAUAUGGAUUACAAGGCAGCUGAAGAUUUAAUUUUAUUUGUUACACAACAUCUAAAUCCAUGUUUCUCAACCAUGAUCAUGCCAUAUCUUAAACGGUGCACAUUUUGGAUGUCUUCCUAAUCAAACAGAUACACUCCUAAAAAUGAAGUUUCCAAAAGAGAUUUUUCACAUGAAGCCAUAGAAGAACAGUUUAUUUAAAAGUCUGCAAAAAAAAAAAAAAAAAAUUA